AUGGGCGAUUCCAUGAAGGAAGUUGUCGAGUCGCUCGACCCUGUCGCCCGACAGAUUAUUCCUCACGAUAUUGAUAUUGGCACUCUGGUACCUCUUAAGACCACACUUGAGCUCCGCGACAAUCUCUCCAUCGGCUAUGCAUAUGUUACCCGAGCACCUACUAAACUCACCAACGAUGUUGUCAACGUCGUGCGAUCUAUGGUCGGUGAUGAUCAGGCUAAGAACCUUCCUCACCUCCGACGUUGUUCUAAGCCGGCGGAUCUGCCGCCUCAAUUGAAGAACAAAUUCAUGAACGAAGGCACAUCUGGAAGAACCAUACAUACCGGGAAGUCCCAGUUCCUCUACAUUAUGCUUGGACCCCAAGAUGAACUAGAAUACGAGAACCUUGCAGCAGGCCUAUCCGCAAUUCCAGGAAUCGGUGAUGAUCUCUUCAUUGGCCUUAUACCAAUACCUCUUCUGGCUCCCACCUCUCAAAUUCAAGCAAACCUUUGGUCGCAACAGUUUUGGCAGUGCGUCUACCGCAAGAACAACCCACUCGGCCCUCAUCCUAGCAACAUCAGCCGUACUACGAAUGUCGUCUCCCGAGAUGCUUCGAUUUGGAUGAACCUGGCUCAUCAGGUUGCCAAGACGAGCCACAAGGCCGGUUUCGGAGAGCCCAUUGGCGCCGUGAUCGUCAAGCGUACCAUUCCAUCCAAGCCCGACCAGACUAAAGGUGAUGCUGGCAAGACGGAUGGCAACGCCUCUGAUGCCUGUACUACAGAUACCAUCCAAGGCGAUACAUCUGAUACAGGAGAUACCAAGUCAGAUGACGAUAGAAAGCAUGGGUUAUUUGCAGAAGACGACAUGGCUCCAAAGGCCGAGGGUUCAGCUGUCGAAGAGAAGGAGAGGGUCGAAAUUGUUGCUGUGGCAGGUGACGCUCGUUGGCACAAGCAGGAAAGAACAGGUCAGACUGGCAAUCCCAUGGCUCAUGCUGCUCUACGUGCCAUCAGCAUGGUAGCGCAAAAGCUCGUCCGAGCUGAGAACCGUGAACCCGCAGUGUCCAACCCUAUCCUUGAGUUCGAGGCUUUCCAGGACCGGCCGCUCCUGACAGACGAGCAGCUAGUCUUCGAUGCAGACCACCCGUGCCCAGACGGUUAUCUCUGCCACGAUCUCGAGCUAUACAUGACACAUGAGCCUUGUACCAUGUGCUCGAUGGCGAUCCUGCAUUCGCGCAUGGGCAGAAUCGUCUUUCGGCAGCGCAUGCCGUUGACAGGCGGCAUGAGCUCUGAGGACCGUGGCUAUGAUCUCUGCGGUGGCGAGAGCAUCUGUGAAAACGGCCCUUGUGGAGGCGGGCAGGGGCUUGGUCUUCACUGGCGCAAGGAGCUCAAUUGGAGCAUGUUAGGAUGGGAAUGGGAAACAGACAAAGCAGAGAGCCUUCCGGUGAGCCCACAUUUGCAUGCUUAG